AUGCGCGCCUCUACUCUGUUUGCCGUUGUGUCGGCACCUCUCAUGACACUAGCCGUCCCAGUUGUCAUUGAACGACAAGGAACCUCUAAGUUCUGCACGCGAAUCACGCCAGCGCCCUCUGCAGAGGAGACCGAGAAGAGGUUCAAUGAAUUCGCCGAUCUUUUCCUGGUUAAGAAAGAUGUUUACAAGGCUUUUGAAUAUAUUCUUCCUGAAUAUAUUAAUCACAACCCCCUCGCUGAAGACGGAGCUCAGAACGCUUUGGACAUCCUCGGUCCGAUCUGGGGAAACCAGUCGAUAACAGUUCUCCGUACUAAAUUUGGGGGUGAGAUGUCCUGGCUUAACUACAAGAACUCCUUUGGCGAGAUUGUGGAUCGAUUCCGCUGGGAAGAUGGUUGUAUUAUUGAGCACUGGGAUCAAGGAGAGACAUUCCCAACUUCUUGUAGUACUUAG